GCAUUCAAGAUUAAGUGCCUGAAUAUCCAGCAUCAUGUUUACCUUCGCUCUUCUCCUUCUCUGCGUUCAGGGCUGCCUGAUCAAAAAUGCGUACGGUCAGUGCUGUGGCUGUGGAUGCGGUGGUGGUUGCGGUUGCGGUUGCUAUGGCGGCGAGGGCGACGGUAAUGUGAACGUCUGCGGUGAACUGCCCGUGUGUGGUGAAACCUGUGUCUGUGGUCGCGUGCCCAUCUGCGGUAGUGUUUGCUACGGGGGUCCUGCCUGUGCUAGUGGUUGUGUCUCUAUCUGCGGACGUUGCUGCGGAUGCGGGUGCGGCUGUGGAGGCUGCGGUGGAUGCGGAUGUGGCUGUGGAGGCUGCGGUGGAUGCGGAUGUGGCUGUGGAGGCUGCGGUGGAUGCGGAUGCGGACGUAGAUGUUGUUGCUGCUAAAAAACACACUGAGUUAUUUAUUAUUGAAAGAAUCAAUAAAAUCCAGAUUCAAUAAUAAUUCUGAUUGUGUUUUCAAUACCAUAAUUGUAUUUUGCUUAAGUUUGAAAACUAUCAUCUUUGUGUAAUAAAAAAGAUCUGAAUAGAAUUUUCAAUAAAAGAGAGUUCAUAA